UUACUGAUUUUUUAGAUUAAGAAAAUGAGUGAAAACAGAAAGCCACAAGAUAAAUGUAAAUUCCAAGUAAACGAAUUGGUGCUAUGUUAUGAGCCAGACCCAAUGAAAGCAUGUAUGCUGUAUGAAGCAAAGAUAUUGGAUAUAGAUAUUACUAAAGAUGACAAGGGAAGAAAAGUGUCAGAGUAUUAUGUCCAUUUCCAAGGCUGGAAUAAAAGCUGGGAUCGCUGGAUAUUGGAAGAACAGUUACUCAAAGAUAUAGAAAGUGGGAGAGCACUACAAGCCAAACUGUAUAAAGAAGCUAUCAAACCCAAGAAAAAACUGAAGAAAACGCCAAGGAACGGUGUGUUUGAAGAAAAAGAUGAUACAAGUGUAAUUAGCAUUGGUAGCAUUAAUAGUGCUGGGAAUGAGGAAGACAUCUCAAUUGUUCAGUUACCACUUGUUUCGCUGGAUAUUCCAAAAGUGCUAGCCAAUCGACUUGAAGAAGAUUGUUAUAAUAUUAAACGAAGAAAGAAGAUGAUUCAUUUACCUCGAAAACCUACAGUAAAUGAUAUAUUUAACGAAUAUUUUCAAGACUGCAAACUGCAAGUAAAAGAAGGUAAAAAUAUUAACAUCAAUGUCUUACAAGAAACGCUGAGUGGACUGAACACUUAUUUUAAUUUCUUUCUUUGCAAGUUAUUAUUGUAUAACUUUGAGAGGGAUCAAUACUUCGUUUUUUUCCCUCCGGAAAAGCCAGCUCAAAUAUCUCCAACUGGUUCAAUGUCUUUGUCUAUAUUUUCACCAACCAUAACGCCACAAAUACUCAAGACGGUAUCACCUCUGUCGUGCUUUGAUUAUAAAGAUUCAUCGCCUAAAGCAUCACAUGCAAGUUUUGUCAGUGAAGAUUUGUUAUCAAUUUCACGUGAAUCAUGGAAACGCAGACAGACUAACAAAAUACGAAAAAGAGACCACUCCUCCAGUUCUUGUAAUGACGAUACAACUAAUAUACCAACUAGACCAAGAAGAUAUACCAAUUCCACAAAUAGAUCAGAAGAAAGAUUUUCUCCUGUUAUCACUAACGUGGAGAAAAGUGAUAAGACGAAAGAUGUAUCCACAAUGCCACAUAGAAAGAGUAGUAGAGGGAGUCUUACAACUGCUGAAGAAAUCAAGGAAGAAGCACUGUGUCAGGGUGUGUUACUUCAACAAGCACCUCCGAACUCUUGUGACUCCUUGCAAAUUUCACCUGAUGCAACCAAGCAUAAUGAAGCUAAAGAAUGUAGUUUUCCAAGAUUGCGUAGAUUAAGAAGAAGUCGGAGAUCGUGCAGUAUAGUUGCAUUUGACACUUCUGUCGAAAAUGAUUUCAUGGCGAUCGGAUCAAGCGCAAAAUCUCUGGAGAAAACCGCUAAGGGACUUCCCAGACCUUUACGUAUCGACAUUCCCAAGAUGACUGGUUCAACUGACAACAAAAAUUUUGUAAUUUUCCCGCAGCGGUCAGAUGGCGAUACUCCAGCAGAUAUUUACGGUAUCGAACAUUUGCUCCGAUUGUUUGUAAAAAUACCCGUCCUGUUGGCAUCAUGUAACGUGGAAGAGUGUGAAGUAAAUGUGAUCCUGCAAAAUAUAUCAAGUUUUCUUGAAGAAACAAUUACGGAAUGGAGUGAGUAUACGUGACCUAGAAGAGCCUGCUGUAUAAAGUAGUGUGCUAAAGCUUUGUUUCUUUUAGGCUAAUAUUUUUUUUUAAUUUUUUGUUCAUAUGAUACGUGGUAGCUAGUAUUUUGAGUGACACCAUUGCCUUUCGUAUAUUAUAUAACGGUUUACUCGGUGCCGGAAUUUGUUUUUCAUUUUCAUUUUGAAAAGCCGAAAUGCAUUUAAACAAGCUGGUGAUACAAAAAAAUUAGAAAUUAUACCACUGUAAAUAACAGAAAAUUGUAAAUAACAAUAAACCGAUCAAGGAAAAAAAGCGUGAUUUUUAAGUUUUAUUUACUUAUAUUCUAAAUAAACAGGUGAACAGUAAAAUAAUGUUUGCAGAGUAUAUAGUAUAUAGCCUUCUUACCGUAAUUAUAUGUUAGCUGUUUGUAAAAAUGUCCUAUUAUCAAAUUAACAAAAUUGAAUAAAAAUUAAAAAAAAUGUAUAACCUGGGUACCUCCAAGCAAAUGCUGGAAAUUUUUGUGAACGCCAAAAGCCUUUCACAUUACGGUAUUAGUGGGAUAUAGUUUUGCUGUUUGUAAUUAAUCCGUCAGAGUCUUAAUAUAUUGACAGAACCAUGCUCAAAGAAAUUCGACUCUCGCAGGAUAGGGAAAAAUGAUUUGUAGGGAUAAAUAUAUAGAUUUCGUGUUUGUACGAAUAAAUUAAUAGUUAGUUGCAAUUUAAACAGAAAUUGAUUUUGAGUUUAAAUGUAAUUUUCCUUCAAGUACAAGCUACUUUUUUACUUUAAGUUUCACUUUAAAAUUAAAAAAGCAAGUGAGACCAACAGCACAAUACAGUCCAAUAAAAAUUGUGAACAAACCUAAUAAAUACGUAGCAAAAGUGUCACAUAUUUGCACGCAAAAUAAAGAUGAAAUCUAAAACUGUGUUCUUAAGGUGACCGGCCUCGAACAAAAACAAAAAUCUAAAUACUUUACAAUUGCGUGACAAAUUUUUCUUUUAAAAAAGAUAGUAAAUAAACAUAAUUAAAUACAUAAUAUAAUAAAAAAUAAAUAAAAAGGGCCAAACUAUGAAUGAUAUUUUACAGAAAGGGUAGCAGGAAAAACUGACUUCUUGUGCAACCCAUAAAUAUUAAUAUAAUUGCAUUUUUUAUUCGAUUGUGGUAACGUCACAAGGAUAGUUUAUAUGCAUUUUAAUGUUUUGUUGCUACGUCACUUCUUGCACACUUCAGAGCAUAAUCAUAAUGUUGAUGUUCCAAAAUUCUGUAGAUGCAGUAUUGUAUAAGCUUUUUCAGUGUUUUGCUUGUGACAUGCAUAUAGGGGCAUGAUUUUCAGCUUGAUGAUUUGUUAUUUAAAAAGAUAUUUUAUGCUAAGGAAAAUUGGCCGUGUUGAAGAUAUUGUUUGCAUGAGAAUUAAAUUCCUUACACAAAAAACAGAAAAAUAGAUCUAUUUAUACCUCUGCUGUAAUCAUAUAAAAUAAAUAUUUUACGCAGUUCCUUGUCUCGAUAUAAUUUUCUACUAUUUUACCAUUCUACACAUGGAAGGAAGUUUAAUCUCACUUUCUUCGCAGCAAUUUUUUUAUAUUGGUUUCUCUUUUAUGUUUCAGGGGAUCAGUAUCUGUUUGUUUUUUUUUACACAAAAAUAACACAAAACGUUUAUAAUCUUUUCUUACUACUCCCCGAUAACGUCUCAAUUCCAAUAACUCUUAAGUACCUUAUCAGUGAAAAAAUCCGUUUAUCAUAAAUUUUGUCGUUAAAAACUUUCGUCACCCUGCGAAAAAUUCGUCAUUUUUAAACGAAGAAAUAUUUUGGACAGAUAUAUUUGACGAAAAAUAAAUCUUUAAUAUCUUCUUUUUUUGAAUUUCCGCGCCCGAAGGCGUAGGAAAUUCUUUAAAACCGUCGUUUUUUUUCUCUCGGAGAAUUUUUUGAGAAAAAAUCGACCCUGGGAUUUCACGUUCCUCUGAGAGGAGGAUAGUAUUGGUAUAACUGACUAACUAACCCUGUUCCAAAUGGUCAAUUGCAACCACAGAUUUAAACUUCAUACCCAAACUCCCUAAGUACUGGGAAGUCAUUUAAAUGACGUUUCAGGCCAAAAUUGGUAUUUUUUUUCGACAAAAUUUAGCACAGUUAACAAAUAAAGUAUGCUGAACAUAAUAGUGACAUCAUAAUUUUGAUUUUUGUCACCUAAAUGUCAUUUUAGACCAAAAUUGGUCCAAAAAUUAAAACUACUUUAUUUUUAACAAAAUUUGGCACAGUUAACAAAUAAAGUAUGCUGAACAUGAUGGUGACAUCAAAAUUUUAAUUUUUUGUUACCUAAAUGUCAUUUUUGGCCAAAAUUGGUCCAAAAAUUAAAACUACUUUAUUUUCGACAAAAUUUGGCACAGUUAACAAAAAAGUAUGCUGAACAUGAUGGUCACAUCAAAAUUAAGAUUUUUUGUCAAAUAAAUGCCGUUUAAGACCAUAAACGUUUCAAUCGCAAGACUUUCAACCACGAAUGAUAGGCUGUAUUUUUUGUUAGCAAUUUCUUUUAAAAUGUGAGUUUAUUAUGACACGUUUCGUUUUGUUUGCGUUUGUUGGAAGAUAUAAUGUCACUUGUGUGCUUUAUCUUCAGAGCUUCAUGCACCAAACCUCUUCGAAUGUUUGACACGAUAACACAACGAAUUAGCAGGUUGUCAUCAAAUAUUUUUGUAGCGAGCGGAAAUUCUUAGAGCCCUCAGGGCUUCUUGUUUCUUAUUCAUUACCUAUUUAUCACCAAUUAUAUUUAACUUUCAGGAUUCUUGAAGGGGGACGUUCAUUGAGACGAGUAUUAAAAAAACUGACUGUUAAUUAAAAACUGACAUUCGGAUAUUCAUGCUUUGACAUACCGUUAUUAACCCUAUUUUAUAUACUACGAGAUUAGCGUUUUAGUAAAAAUUAUACUAAUCCCGCAUGCUGGAUUUUGGAGAUGAACGAUCAUUUUUUCAACCAAUAGACUGAGAGCAGUCGCAUAUAAAGUUCAUUGUAGAAAGGUUUUGUUCUUGGCUUGACCGGGUAAUCGUCCAAGGAUUAAAAAACAUUACUGCCCUUCUUUCCCGCCAUUAUAGGUCAAAGGUCUAAUGUUAUUUUUUUUCAAAAAGUAUCGUGUAACAAGGACAGACUUAGACUGAGUCAGAAAAACCUAUACUGAAAUGGGGUAAAAAUGAAGUGUUGAGAAGUUACAACUAAUUGAAUAUAAAUAUAACUCUUUGUUGUCAAAACAAUAUUUCGUACAAUUACAUCAACAUCACAAACGUCAUAAAUACUUUUAUGUACUUGUUGGGUUGGUACAAGUAUCUGCAUUAUCACAAUAUUAACAACAUUGAAGUUGCCACUGCCUGCAUCUACAAACGAGGUGACGUGCACAUUUCUUGCAAGAACAAGAGAACGGAAAAUCAUUUGUCAUUUUCUUGAUAUCCGUAAACUGUUGGAACCAGAACUACUUCAGCACAUUCAGAUGGUGCGUUGUACCACAUAAUACAUUGAUAAAGCUACGCAAUCGGAGUAAAAUGCACGUUGGGGGAAAGGUUUCAAGAUAUAUCCAUAGAGAUAUUAUUAAAAGAGAAAGAGACACAACGGCUAUUCAAGCUAUUUUAGUAGACGCGUCCCUGAAAAAGGUGGCGCAUUCAUGAAAAUUUAAAGUUCCCGAAGCUGGAUUGUUUCCUCUGAUCCAAUAAUGUCAAAGAAAAUGUUUCGAUUGUUAUUUCGCCCAAUUAGGGUUGAUAAUGUUAGCAAAAUUUAAUAUUUUGUAAUAAUCAACUGCACGUGUUAGCAUAAUUUAGACUCUUUAAAACGAUUUUGCGAUUUGGAAAAUUACACCAAAGAAAAUCGCUUAAGAUUUUAAAACCUUAAUCGUUUAAAAAAUAUUUAAGCGAAGUAUUUUAUAAGCGAAGUAUUUUAUUUUGAGCCAUAGGUAGAAAAGGAUUUUUACCACAUAAUGUAAAUUUAUUAGCAGUACUAAAUAAGUUUGAAGAUUUUGAUAAAUAUAUCAUUAAACUUUCUCUUAGCCAAGCAGAGCAAAUAGCUUUUGAUUAACCUGUUGUUGUGGACCAACUCAGUAGCUUGGAUUGCAUACACAUACAUGUUUAUGUUAAAAACAUGGUCAUUCGACCUUUCCAUACAACGGUCCUGGUAAUCUGGUUUUUUAACGCUGUAUUGCUGAUCAAGGUUUUUACCUCCAUACUGAGUUUGUAAAACGUGUGUUUGAAAUGUGUGAAAUUUUUGGUAAUUAAUUUCUCAAUGCAUAUUUUCAUUGUCUGAUAUGAAAGCAGAUGAGUUCAGAGCUUACAUCACUUGAAUGUGGUCUUAAUACUAGAACGUCAGAACUGAUUGUUCCCAGAGAGAAAUUCUUCAAUGGCUAGCAAUAGUGAUUUAAAUUCCAUGUGGUUAGCCUCCUCGAGGGUAUAGCUAGCUAUAGCUAUAUUCUCUAUGACAUGUUUAGAGCAGCUCCUGAAACGUAAAUAGAAAUAUGAUAGUAUAUUGCUAAAACUGUUUUGAUAUAACUUUUAAAUACGAUAACUAGCCACAACUCGCUUUUUUACAAAAACUGUUAAGUUUUUAAAGGCACGAGUUUUUCAAGACCGCUAUUUUUACUUAAAAAAACGUUAUUACCACCAAAAAUUUACAGUUGAAUUUUGGCCUUAAACUUUGACUAGCCAUCGUCCUUCACUUAAAGAAUACACCCUUACCUUCGUACAUCUAUGAAGGAUUCAUAUUCCGUUCAGUAUUUCUUGAAAAAAACACGUUUGUUUUUUCUAUACAUAUGAUAACAAGUAUGGCUGCUUGACCUUCGAGCUUCUUCCCCAACUAAUUCUCUUGAAAAUUGUGCAGGUAAAUUAUUUCGAAGGCGAGCUUUUUAACCAAUUAACUUGGCGGAAUUAAGUGGAAAACCUGAUUAUUUUCUUAAUCUUUUACAAGUAAAAUUGUCGGGAUUCUCUACUGAAAGAAUCGGUAAUUAGUCGUUUUGCGAGAAACGCACAAAAUGAGCUGGAAUCUAGUGACGCGCCUUCUCCGCAUUGUUUGUCUUAACAAUAGGAAUUUGAAUAGAGAAUUAUCGCGUUGUGUCUCUUUCUCUUUUAAUAAUAUCUCUAUGAUCCAUCUUAAACGAUUUCUUAUGAAAUAUAUCUAAAUGUAGCUCGUCAUUGAAAUUUUUGUUGGAUAGGCGUCUUGAACGAAACUUUUCUGUAUUUUAUUAGGAUCUUUGCCGAAGCAAUUUCACAGUUGAAAUCCACAGUUAUGUGCAGUAUUUAAUGCAGCGAGUUUUGUUCCAAUUUUGCUUGUCGUAUCACAACCUAUAAAUAGAAUUCUCUUAUACAAAAUGUACAUUGUUACUUGUAUUAUGUAAGGCAAGAUACAUUAGAGUGAAAUAUGUACUUUAAGGUUAAAACAAGAUAACGUGAAUUAACCGCUCAAGGCAUGUACUGCAGAUAGAACCUCGAUGGCAUCAUCAUCCAUUUUCUUGACGAAUUCAGGGAUCGAAAUCGCUUCUUUGCCUCCUGCUUUCCCCAUAAUUUGCGCAAAUUUCGGUACUUCCAGAGAUUGAAGUGACGACCCAAAGUUGUGAGCACAUCUGUUAAGAUAAUUAUCUUGGUGUAGUGAUUGAUCGUGAGACCAUGAUUAAGAUGGAAUAUCAUUCUGUCAUCAGCCUCUUCAUGCGUACAUUUGGGUAGUAAACACUCUUCUACAAUGCCAUUUGAUAAAAUUGUUCAGCUUGUCAUAUCAUCAGAGCCUCCGCUUUUAAGGUAAAUAGGUGUUUUCUUAAGCACGUUUUAUCACAACCACGUUUUUGAAAAUAGUGAAAAGAAUUACAUUUAAAUACUUUAAAAAAUAAUUGCGAUUUGAAUCUAUCUUUUGGAUAGAAAAAUCAUACAGGGUCACCGAAUUGAUUGAUCGUUUAAAGUCUUUGUGUUUUGAUUAUUUAGGACCGACCCUGAAAAGAAAUAUAUAAAUUCAUAAUUUAAAACAUUACAAUGCCACGUUUUGUUCGGCAGUAAUUUCUAAAACGUUUAAAACAUUAGACUAAAACAGUACUAUAAGUUCAUUCAUUAAUGUCAGAAAAAGAGGAUUGCCUAAUCUAUUUGUUGUUUCCUAAGAAGUGCUUAUUUACAAAAUUGGUGACUUGAAUUUCUUUUCGAUAUCCAGAUUCUUAACCAAGGCAAGUAAAAGAUCUUUAAUGAACUUUAAUGAAUAUUGACUCUCUUGUAAUAUGGUGUGUACGUCUCUAAGAAAACGCAUUAAGUACAAAUCUAUACAAUCUUUGUGGUACAUGAUAUCACUGGCAAAAACGGCUCCGGGUGUACUGAAAAACGAACAUCUUGUAUAUACAUCUUCUUUAUUAAAAC